CGUUUUUUAUUAAACUCGUGUUACGGACGUGUUCGCGACGUAUACAGUGAGAGAAUUACAUCUUCAUCUUACAUUAUUCGACGAAUUUUCGUUGAUCGCGUAUUGAACACGUGGUCAUUUUUUUCAUCAGCAUGGAGUCUAGUAACUCGAUGCCGCCAGGAAUGGAUUCUCCCGGCGAGGACAUUAUUCUGAUGGAGACUGUAAAAAGUAUAGUGUCGCAUGAAGGACGCAAUGAAGCAGAGGGAACCGAGGAGGACUUUUUCCUAAUAUCGCAGGACCAGGCUGUGCAAUAUCCUGAAGGGAACAUCGAAGAAACGAUGUCUCACAGGCAUCAGACGGAGGUCACAUUGACGUGGAUGCAUCUCUGUAGGAUAUGCGCUAACACGAGCGAUCGUAUGAUACCCAUCUUUGAGGGCGAGGGAGCACAACAUGACUUGAUCAGUAAAAUACUCAAGUAUUUGCCGAUACACGUAACCGAAAGCGACACUUUGCCGUUGCAAUUGUGCGAACGUUGCGCAAACUUUCUGAUAGCCUGGCAUGAAUUAAAUGAGGGGUGUCUAAACGCGGAGAGAAAGCUGCUGGAAAUGCAAGAUUCGCAUCUGCGAAAUAAACAAGAGUACUACAAUCCUUCUUUGGAUAAUUUAGAAGUUACUGCACCUAUGUUUGGCACAACAGCCAGCACGAUCAUUGCAUCUAAUAUUACGUCUAAUAUUACGACUAAUAUUGCGUCUAAUAUUACGGAUCCACUACCAAGUCAACAGGACGAUGAUAAAAGUGGAGGUUGCAGUAUCGAAAAAAUUAAUAAAUCUGACAGGUGCGAGCUGACAAAGGAGAGAUCUUUCACGGCAUACCAUUCCUCGUGUAAUGCUGCACUGUGGGCAAGUAAUGCCACGAUAAAGUACGAAAGCAAUCCGAUGAGAAGCAUGACGCUGAUUGCUAAAGAAAUUUCGAAAAGAGAAACACGCAAUUUGUCAGAUAAUUGCACUGCAGAAAAAUAUGCCGAGAAAAUGGACUCCAACAUUUCAAGAGAUCAAGAAAAAAAUGAAUCGACAAUUCUACAGUCAAUGAGUGAAUCUGUGAAGAAAGGUUAUACUUGCAAUAAUUGCCAACGUGUCUUUAAAAGAAAACACCAUCUAAUCCGCCAUAUGACGGACUGCAAAUAUCAUGAUUCAGCCAAAGAAGAUUCGUCAAGAACGCGUAAUAAAGUGACAGAAAAGAAAACAAAGACCGACGAUGAUACGAUAAAAAAGAAAAACCGGUUAGUAGAAGAUAUUAAGAGCACAAGCGACGAUGACGAGUUUUGCUUUCCAUCAGUAAAACCAUUGAAAAAACAAUUCAGAACUUAUCCAUGCAACUAUUGCGAGCACACGGCACAGAAAAAGAAACUGUUAAAAAUUCAUCUGACGGAGGCGCAUCCUGAGGUCGUAAAUAGAAGUCGGAAGUCUUUUGUAGCAACAGAAACAGUGCUUCGCGCCCGAAUAGAACACGACGGUAAGAUUUAUUAUCAUUGUAGUGAAUGUGGCAAGAAUCUGAAUUCACCGUACACCUUCUACUGGCACUUGCGCAUCCACACGGGCGAGCGACUAUUUACUUGCCACCUAUGUGGUAAAAGAUUCCGCGUGAAUCAGGGUCUGACACGACAUUUGAAAGAUACUCACGCUGGCAUCAAGAAUGUACCAUGCGAUCUGUGCGGCCGCAUGUUCUCGACGCGGCGCAACGUCGAGGAUCACAGACGCAUUCAUACCGGCGAGCGGCCAUACGUCUGCAAUGUCUGCGGCAAAACAUUCAAGCAGAAGGCUUCUUUGUUCGUGCAUAAUCGUACGCAUUCGGACGUAUUCCCAUUUAAAUGUAGUUAUUGCGAUCAGACCUUCCGCACACGACCGCCACUGAUGGUGCAUAUCACUAAGCACACUGGUGAGAAGCCGCAUGCGUGCGAUAUAUGCGGUCGUUGCUUUCGUAUCAAGUAUGAGCUAAAGCGGCAUCGAUUGAUUCAUUCUGAUGAGAAACCCUGGCGCUGUACCGACUGCAGCCUCUCGUUCCGCCAAAAGCGCUACUUAGUUAAUCAUAAAAAGCUCAGUCACGAGCCAUCACGAAGUUUGGCCGCUCCCCAAGUAACGGGCUGACUCUUUUUUCAGAUGUACGCGUCGAGUGUCGAAAGACGAAUCGGAGAAAU